GGGUUUACGUAGUACGUAACGGCGCGUCGUCAUUUCUGAUUGGUCGCGACGUUAACUCCCUCACGGUCGCGCGGCCCCCCACUUUCUCGCGCUGAAAGAGCAAACAUGGAGACAGCUGGGAAAGUGAUCAAGUGCAAAGCAGCUGUUGCAUGGGAACCUGGGAAGCCUUUUUCCAUUGAAGAGGUGGAGGUGGCCCCGCCUAAGGCCCAUGAAGUUCGCAUCAAGAUCUUCGCUACAGGGGUGUGUCACACAGAUGCCUACACUCUGAGUGGCAGUGACCCUGAGGGACUUUUCCCUGUCAUCCUGGGUCACGAGGGUGCUGGAACAGUUGAGAGUGUUGGUGAGGGUGUCACCAAAUUCAAACCAGGUGAUACUGUCAUCCCUUUGUAUGUGCCGCAGUGUGGUGAAUGCAAAUUUUGCAAAAAUCCCAAGACCAACCUUUGCCAGAAAAUUAGAGUAACCCAGGGCCAGGGCCUGCUCCCUGAUGGAACCUCACGCUUCACUUGCAAGGGAAAGCAAGUGUUUCACUUCAUGGGGACCAGCACCUUCUCAGAGUACACUGUAGUGGCUGACAUCUCCCUGGCCAAGGUGAACGAGAGUGCUCCACUGGAUAAAGUUUGCCUUCUCGGGUGUGGCAUCUCUACAGGUUACGGCGCUGCUCUUAAUACUGCCAAGGUUGAGCCUGGUUCCACUUGUGCAGUAUUUGGCCUUGGAGCUGUUGGCUUGGCUGUUAUAAUGGGCUGCAAGGUUGCUGGCGCGACUAGGAUCAUUGGUGUGGACAUCAACCCUGAAAAGUUUGAGAAAGCCAAGGAGUUUGGGGCCACUGAGUUUGUGAACCCCACAGACCACAGCAAGCCCAUCCAGGAGGUUCUGGUGGAGAUGACUGACGGGGGUGUGGACUAUUCUUUUGAGUGCAUUGGAAAUGUGAAGAUCAUGAGAGCUGCUCUGGAGGCAUGCCAUAAAGGAUGGGGUGAGAGUGUCAUCAUAGGUGUAGCCGGAGCUGGACAGGAGAUCUCGACCAGGCCAUUCCAGUUGGUGACGGGCCGAGUGUGGAGGGGCACAGCCUUCGGAGGGUGGAAGAGCGUGGAGAGCGUUCCUAAACUGGUGGAAGACUACAUGAAUAAGAAGCUGAAGGUGGAUGAGUUUGUGACCCACACGCUGCCCUUUGAGAAGAUCAAUGAGGGAUUUGACCUCAUGCAUGCUGGGAAGAGUAUCCGCACAGUGUUAACCCUGUGAAGUGCCUGAAAUACUGACAUCCUUCACAUCUGACCCUUAAUCAAUCACCUUCCAUAGUUGCAGCACUUAAUGUAUUUCUCUGUCCUUGUUCACUUGUUUUGAUGACACAAUGUUGAAUAUUGGAACAUCCUUUGUACCAACAGCAGAUUAGCUAUUUGAAACAAAAGCUGUUAUUAAAAUGUUUUGACAACUCAAA